AUGGCGGCCAGGACUCGGUCGCGGUUCAGAUUGUUGAAUAGGAAUGAUAAUGAGGAUGGUGGUGAUGAUGCUGCAUCGGCUGUUUCGAAGAGGAAUAAUGAUAAGGAUGUUGAUGGCAAUGUUCUCUCUGAUUGGCUGAGAAGGAAUGUGGAUGAAGAUGGUGGUAGUGAAGUUAUUCUGGAGACAUCGUUGGAAUCGUCCUCUAGUGAAGAUGACAAUGAUGAUGACGAUUAUGAAGCGAAACAAUUGCAAAGCUGCGAGGAUUCUAAGAAGAUCAGUUCGAAUAGCAGUAGUCAAGAGGAUGAGGAAGAGGAAGUUGCUGCGGAAAGCAAGAAUAUGAACAGAGGAAGUGAAAAAAGAGGAAGGCCUAAAAGAUUUGACGCUGGGGUCAAGAGGAGGAGAUAUGGAUUGGACUUCGUGGUGGAUAGUGACAAAGAUAUCGACGUUAAUAAUCACGAAGAGGGUUCUGUUAAUGCGCUUCAUUAUGUAGCAAAACGAACCCGUUCUCAUUUUAUUUCAAAAUGCAGAAAGAAAAAAAUGAAGCUUGGAACUUUUAGUCACCCCUUAUGUGUUGAUGAGGAGGAAGUGGAAUCUUCAUCUGCACAUGAUGACAGUAAUGAAGGCGGUGAUGAUGCUUAUGAUGAUGCUUAUGAGAGUGAAGAUGAUCUUAGUGAUGACGAGGCUUAUCAUGCUGACAAGAAAACUGUGUCUACUAGAGGCAAAUAUAAGAGUGACAAAGGUAAUCGUGGUGAACGUGUGCAAUCCACCAAGAGGAUGCCCACCAAAUGUAAGGGCAUCCGCUGGGAGAAAAGUUGUAAUGUCAUGAGGAUUCUUAUAGAUUCCAUUUUGGAGAAGGAAGAAGUUCGUCUAGAAGAGUUGGCUUCUUCUGGAGAUGAGGCUUGCAAAGAUGAAAGCAAUCCAUCAUUUUCCGAGACGUAUCUACCCCUGAAGUUCACUUUUGGAACUGAGGAGCCAAAUUCACCAAAGAAAUCAGAAGAUGAUAAAAAGAUGGAUGAACUUUGGGCUGAGCUUGAGCUUGCACUCAGAGCUAGUGAAAUUGGUUCGGUCGAUUCUGCUAAGGUUGAAAAUGAAGAUGCCCUUCCUCCAGAGGAUGAUGUUGAUAGUGCUAGCCUUUGCCACCUAGGGAAUCAUCAGAUUAUUCUUGAUGAACAAGUUGGAUUUAGAUGUGCAUUUUGCUCUUACGUCAAAAUGGAGAUCAAGUAUAUUCUACCAUCUUUUAGUACACAUCCUUGUGGAAAAUCAGACUGGAGGGACUCAGGGGGAGCAAUGAAUCACUCCAUCUUUGAUGAGCUUGGUUCUCAAGAUUCCCUUUGCGAUUCCUACCAUGGCAGUGGAUCCCGAGAGCAUGCUGAAGGCACAGUGUGGGACAUCAUUCCAGGAAUAAAAAGUAGUAUGUACUCACAUCAACGUGAUGGUUUUGAAUUUAUUUGGAAGAACAUAGCCGGAGGAAUUUAUCGUGACAAGUUGGAAAACCAAACAACUUUCUCUGGUGGGAAUGGGUGCAUUAUUUCUCAUGCUCCUGGGACAGGGAAAACCCGGUUGACCGUUGUUUUUCUCCAGGCAUACAUGAGCUGGAAUCCAGGAUGUAGACCACUCGUUAUUGCUCCUUGCAGCAUGCUCCUUACAUGGGAAGAGGAAUUUCAAAAGUGGAAAUUCGACAUCCCCUUUCACAAUCUGAACAAGCCAGAGCUGUCUGGCAAGGAAAGUAAGUUUGCUGACUACAUUGUGAGGCAAGUUGGACACCUGGAGAAAACAGAUAUCCGUAUCUUGAAGUUGUAUUCCUGGAGAAAGGAUAGAAGCAUUCUAGGGAUGAGUUACAAACUGUUUGUAAAACUUACUGGUUUGAGAAAGGGUGAAUUGAAGCCAAGUACGCAACAUGCUCAGAUCAGAAAUAUCCUCCUUGAGCUUCCUGGUAUUGUAGUCCUCGAUGAAGGGCACAUACCUCGAAACUCCGACAGCCAUAUCCUGCAGGCUUUGUCAAAUAUCAAAACAGAAAAGAGAAUCAUCCUUUCAGGAACUCCUUUUCAAAAUAAUUUUGAUGAGCUAUAUAAUACUCUCUGCCUUGCACGGCCAAAGUUUGCAAACAUAAGACAUCAAUGGGGUUCUCUUACAAGUUCCAUUACCAAAGCCACUGAUGACAGGCUGAAAUGUGAGAAACUGAAGAAGGUUAGAGAUAUGAUUGAGCCAUUUGUGCAUGUACACAAAGGUUCCAUACUACAAGAGAAGCUUCCUGGUUUGAGGGACUCUGUGGUUAUAUUAAAGCCAGCCCAACUGCAGAAGAGCCUCUUUGAUGAACUCAGUCAUUAUGCUAAAGGGAACCAUUUUAAAUUUGAGCAUUACGAGUCUUUGAUAUCUGUCCAUCCUUCAAUCUUGCUUAAGUGUGGGGAAAAGGAGUUUCCUUCUGACCGGGAUAAGUUAGAAGGAUUGAAUCCAGAGGCUGGAGUAAAAACAAAAUUUUUAAUGGAACUCAUCCAGCUUAGUGAGGCUAUGAGUGAGAAAGUUUUGGUUUUCAGUCAAUAUCUUCGUCCAUUGACCUUUAUGAUGAAUCAGCUCAAGUCUCAUUUUAAUUGGACUGAAGGGAAUGAGGUGCUGUAUAUAAAUGGAAAGAAUGAUGCAAAGGAGCGCCAAUCCUCAAUUAAUGUUUUCAAUGAUCCCAGUAGCAACAUUAGGGUAUUACUGGCGUCGACAAGGGCUUGUUCUGAAGGUAUAAAUUUGGUUGGGGCUUCAAGGGUUGUUUUAUUGGAUGUGGUAUGGAAUCCAUCGGUGGAAAGACAAGCUAUAAGCCGUGCACAUAGGCUAGGGCAGGAAAAAGUUGUGUAUGUUUACCAUCUCAUUGUCUUUGGGACAAAGGAAGAGAAGAAAUAUUAUAGACAAGUUGAGAAGGACUUGUUGUCUGAGUUGGUAUUCUCUUCUUCUGACAUGAGUGAUGACCAGCAGAAACUCUCACCUCCAGACCUGAAGGAUAAAAUUUUGGAAGAAAUGGUUCAACAUGAGAAACUUAAACAUAUGUUUGAGAAGAUAGCAUACCAACAGAAAGAGUCCAAACUAAUUGAGACUUUUACCUUGUUGGAAAAGCGAUCUGUUGUAGCAUCAUCUAGUUCUUGA